CUCACCUUCAAAUUCCCAUGUCUUAAAAGCUAUAAAAAAAAUUAUAAACACAUCUAGAAUGUAGUGGACAACAGCACAGGCUAUAAAAUUCGUAUACGUUACUUUAGAAGCACAUGCAAAUAUCCGGUCCACAUUCGGUCUAAAUGGUACAUGCGCUUAACAGGGCUCUCUCGACUCGGAUCCGAUUUAUCACCUGUAUCGAAUACGCACCACGGAAAUUCUCUAAAGUCCCAGCCAACGUGGCCUUUACCUUUUCCCUUAACGGAUCGACCGAUUCAGAUAUUUCCAAAUCAGGGAAAAAUGUAAAUCUCCCAACGGGGGUUUAUAGUGUCGACUCUUUGUUUCAAAAUACACACUCUAAACAUUCGGUAUUCCAGAAUCGACGAGGUGAAAGCUUGCAUAAAUUAAUCUCAACCGUAAUUACAUUGUUGCCUGGUGUUUACCAAAAAUUGUAGAUACAGGGUUGUGAUAUCUAGAGAUGAGUAUUAAACGUCGUAAGCGACAAAAGCAAAGGUUGAAAUGAGGAAUAGAUAUGAAGGUCUACAAAAUCAGCAAAAGG